AAUGAGCUCAUCCCAUGGUGCCUGGUGUUGGGGGCACUGUUGGCACAUCCUACAGAACGUGCCCAGCAGACAGAGGAGUGGCUGUGGGAUGAGAAGGUGAACUCGGAGAUGCAGCGUGAGGCCUCUGAGUCCAGACAGCAUGGGAGCCCAAAGCGAUGUCCCAUGCAAUAACGUUGUUUACAAGGAGCUUAUAAAUAUUUAAAGUAGUCACCCAAGUGUGUUCUAAUAUAAAUCCUGUGUUCCUGAGGUCAUGCAGAUUGAGAGAGGAUGUGAUGUCACGGUGGGAACUUCCGUGUAAGGACAGGGACGUCCCUCCUCCUCUGCUCCUGCUCACAGUGAUCCUGAUCUGGUAAAGCUCCCAUCCUGCCCUGACCCUGCCAUGGGCACCAGGCUCCUCUGCUGGGCGGCCUUCUGUCUCCUGGGGGCAGAUCACACAGGAGCUGGAGUCUCCCAGUCCCCCAGUAACAAGGUCACAGAGAAGGGAAAGGAUGUAGAGCUCAGGUGUGAUCCAAUUUCAGGUCAUACUGCCCUUUACUGGUACCGACAGAGCCUGGGGCAGGGCCUGGAGUUUUUAAUUUACUUCCAAGGCAACAGUGCACCAGACAAAUCAGGGCUGCCCAGUGAUCGUUUCUCUGCAGAGAGGACUGGGGGAUCCGUCUCCACUCUGACGAUCCAGCGCACACAGCAGGAGGACUCGGCCGUGUAUCUCUGUGCCAGCAGCUUAGCCACAGCAUGGCACAACUGAAGCAUGCGUCCACUACUGCUCCAGUGUCAACUUGGUUCCCUAGGAAAUCGGGUUUCUAGAACCUGAAUGCUGACAAAUAAGAGUUGUAUAUAUGUAUACCAUGCAACCUGCAUUUAAAAAUGUAUGUACAUGGUGAAGUGACUAAAUCUAGCUAAUUAACAUAUGCAGUACCUCAAUCCUUAUCCUUUCCUGUGGUGAGAAUACUUGAAGUGUACUCUGUUAGCAAUAUUCCAGAAUACAAUCCACUGUUGCUAACUUUAGUCACUGUGUUGUACAAUAGAUCUUUUGAACCUCUUCCUCCUAUUUGAGUGAAAUUUUGCAUCCUUUAACCAACAUCUCCCCAGCACCCCAUCUCCAUCCCAACCUCUGGUAAUUGCUGCUCUAGUCUUUUGAUUUGAAAUAAUUUCCCUGAGGUCUUUAACUUGAGAAGAUGGAGUUUUAAAAACAAUAAUGCUUAUAUUACUUUUGUUUUGUUUGUUAUUUUACAUAUUGCAAUAUAGUGUUUGUUGCAAAUAUAAAUGAGUAUAUUGUAAUAAAAAUUCUUCACCUCUCUUUGAGUGAAGCUACAUUUCACAUAUAUGAAAUUUCAAGCUGUGGUCAGAGCUGACAUGAUUAUGGAUCAUGGGUUUCUGGGAGUCCUCAGAGACAGCCCUGUACACAAAGGUUAAGAUAGAUUAUCCCAGACCCAGCCAGGACAGAGGUGCCCUGAGUCCUGCAGAGCUGGUUGGGGAAUUAUAGUUCCCUAAAUUCACUUAUCAGAAAUUGUGGUAGCUCAGAUACCAAAUUUCUUUCUCUAGCAAAUGAUGAUCGUUGGCAGGGAUUGUUCUGAACCCAUUCUAUUUGCUCCAUCAACAGAUCAUUCCUUUUUUAGUUGCCCUGUGUGUCUGGGAGUGAAUAAGUCCCAGGCACAGAUGGGAAUUUCCUGACCUUAGGAUGGUGUUCCAAGGACUUCCUUGCUAGACCCUGUCUCCAGCUUUUCCCACCUUUAUCCUCAUGACCCCUAAGACAAAUGGUCCUAAUAAUGGACCAGCUCUGAAACUUAAGAUUGAACAGAACUCAAACCACAACUGUAAACACUGAUGCUGAAAGAAGUGGUAAAAAAGGUGAGCAGGGUUUCCCACCUGCACUGAGAGUGAACAUACAAGGACAGCAAAGGGAAGGUUUUAUUAAUAAGCAAACAAGAAGCAAUAAAGGCCCUGCUCUAAAUGAAUGUAACUAAUCUCUUUGAGUUAAAAAAGGAGCACGUCAAUAGAAGUAUUUCAAAUCAAAGUCUAGAAGUUUCCAAACCAGCCAGCACAACCCUGAGAGCUCUGUGCUCUCAGCAACUUCAGAGAACUCAUCAAUCCUUUCUGGGCUCAAACUUCCCUUUGUCCACUCGAAGAUCCAGGGUCACACUCUCAUCCUAUUACAAAAACAAUGGGCUUUGCUAUCUUGCUGAUGCCUCAUUUCUAGGAGUUGAGUAUUAAGCACUGAAGAGCUUUGAAAGUUGGGCUUCUGAGUCAAUUGAUGUGCUGGAGCCAGCUUUUCUGACUCACGAGAGACAAAUAGGCACACUCUUCCCAGCUCCCCAUUCAGUGAAGCCAUGUUGACAGCUUGAAAUCCACCACAGUGCCUGUGUUGAUACAACAGAAAUUGGUAAGUGCUACUAGGCAUGUGCCCACCUCCACAGACACUCGGUGUACCAGCACAUCACUGGAAUGUUUUCUGAGACAGUGAUGUCCCUGUUAUGUCGUCAUGUCUUGUGCGGCCAAAAGGACUCCGAAUUCACCUCCUCUCUGUUCUUGCUUUUGGAAACCAUAAUCUAAAAUAACCUCACCUGACACUAUUUCUAUUCAAUCUCCAAAUUCCCUCACUUUGUGGGUCUGUGUCUCCUGUAAGCAUGCCAGUCCACAACUUGACAACUAUUUUGAAUGUAGCUAAAGGAUACAGUGAACCAGUUUAUUAUUUUCAAAUUAUCCUUCCUUGCAUGGAAUAUGUAGAUGCUGCAGUCAUUGGGAACAGAGAUGGGGCAAGCAGAAGCUCUGGGCCGUGAACCACUUUAGAGUCAGACAAUUCUUCAGUGGCACAGACACACCCUUGGGCAUGGACUAAUUUGCUUUGGAAACUAAGCAGUUCCACACCAGUCACCAAUGACCUUGGAUCUAUUUCCAGCUGAGAGGUCAAAAAGAUCACACUCCCUAAAUGUCCUCCUCUCCAAUAUAUAGUACAGCCCCCGUCCAUCUCAGUCCCUGGAGGUCAUCCAGAGCUCCCAGAAAAUCUCUGCUCUGGGGCAGAAUCAUCAAGUCUCCUCCUCGCCAGCUCCCCACAGGCUCCAGCAAGGCUUUCCUGCCAGGUGCAGGGCAUGGGUGUGGCUCUGCUGUCUCUCAGGUAGAGGGAGGCCAUACGAUGAUGUUUGUAUAAGAAGGAUUGGGUUUCAGAGGUUCCUCUCAAAUACUUGACAUAAUUUUAUUUGCUUUUUGUUUCACUCUACAAUGUCACCAUUUAGGAGAGCAAUUAUUUUGGUUGCAUUAUUUAUGGCACUUUGAAAGAUUUUUGUGGUUAAAUUAAUUUAAGAAAUCAUUCCCAUUGUGCAUCUUUUCUGUUCAGAUAUAAUCUGAGGCAGUGAAAGAAACAGCAAUGAUUCUGAAAGCAGUCACUUACAUGCCCUCUGAUAAAGGCAUUGUUCAAGGUUCAUUACUCACACCUAACUUUCAGUCUACUGGAAAUGAAAGGCACAGAGUUGGGGGCCUGUGAUCAAGCUAUGAGAGAGGACUAUACCAGCUACUCUGGGACUUCAGGGCACGAAGAGAUGACCUCCCCUUUAGACUCUGCUCAACGACGAAGGAAUGAGUUGGUCCAUGGGAACCUGAGGAGCAGAAAUUCCGGGAGCCUUUAACUGGGACGGAGCAAGGACUGUAGAGCAAGUCAUUGGAAAGGGAAAUGGUUCAUCUGGUCUGUCACAGAAGAUAGUGGAUAGAAAGGUCAUAUAAUCCCCAGUUCCCUGGCUGAUUUGCUUCCUUAUGAUACUAUUUUGCAGCAGCGUACCGUCAUCUCACACCACUCCUCUACCUCUUCCACAAUCAUCUCCUCCCUCUCU